AUGGAUAUAAAAGCAGGCUGUUGAUUUUGCCUCUCUUUCUGUCCUGUUCCAACCAACACAAUUUUUCCUUUCUUCCCUGCAUCUGGAGAUAUAGUUAGCAUUCAGAAAACAUGGCUUUUGUAGCACCACCAGGCUACCAGCCUCUCUAUAAUCCAAGUAUCCCAUAUGUAGGUCCUAUCAAUGGCGGACUUAGAGAAGGAAUGUCCAUCUAUAUCCAGGGAAAGAUUCAUCAUCAUAACAGGUUUCAUGUGAAUCUGCAGUGUGGUGAAUUUGAGGGAUGUGACAUCGCUUUUCAUUUUAAUCCUCGUUUUGACCUCUGGGACAAAGUGGUCUUCAACACUUUCCAGAAUGGCGCAUGGGAAGGAGAGGAGAAAGUCAGAGAGAUGCCAUUCCACAAGGGAGAGCAUUUCGAGUUGGUCAUAGUCGUCAACUCUCAGGGCUAUCAGGUGAACGUGAAUGGCAGAGAAUUCUACCUAUUUCAGCACAGAAUGCCUCUCGAACGAGUGUGUGCCAUAGAGAUCGGCGGAGAUGUGUCCAUUGACACUAUCAACAUCAUCGGGGGCAUUCAAGGCAUGGGGGGAGGAUGGCAAGGAGGAAUGGGGGGUGGCAUUGGGGGAGGAUAUCCUGGAGGUGGAGCUGGGGGAUUUUAUCCUGGUGGUGGAAUGGGGGGAAAUUAUCCAGGAGGUGGAAUGGGUGGCAUGGGGGGAGUAAACAUGGGAUAUCCAGGAGGGAAUCCUCCAGGAGUAAACAUGGGAUAUCCAGGAGGGAACCUUCCAGGAGUAAACAUGGGAUAUCCAGGAGGGAAUCUUCCGGCAAUGGGAUUGCAGCCAAUCUUCAACCCUGUCAUUCCCUAUUCAGAUAUGAUCCCCGGUGGGAUGGUACCCAAUAGGACCAUUAUCAUUAGAGGCAUGGUGCCUUAUCAAGCUGACAGGUUUUGGAUUAACUUAAUAGUUGGCGCCUCACGAAACAUUGCCUUUCACCUUCACCCUCGAAUUAGAGAAGGAUAUGUAGUCCGUAACUGCCAGAUUGAUGGCUCCUGGGGUGAGGAAGAAGUAGAUCUCAACUUCAACCCCUUUCAGGCAGGACAGUACUUUGAGAUCUCCAUUUGCUGUUCUGAAGAGAAGUUUAAGGUGUAUGUAAAUGGGCAACACAUGUGCCAUUUCCACCACCGCUUCCGGCCUUACAAUCAGAUCGACAUGCUGGAGGUUGGAGGAGACGUCCAGCUCUCAUACAUCCAUUACUGAGUCUGCCUUCUCAGUGCAUCUUGCAUUGUUCCUGUGUUAACCUUUAGGAGGUUUUGUGUAAUGAAUGUUACUGAAAAUUGUCAACUACUUACCAUCAGCUUCCCGGCUGCCAUCUGUAGCUAACACAGUGUUAAACUUAAACGUCAUAUACUUUUUCAAUACUUCCACAAUAAAAAUAUAAUACUUUC